AUGGCAGAAGCGCACAGCACCUAUAAAGUGGACUUCUUCCCGACUGUUGACGAGAUUGUGAACAAUGCUCCAGUGACGACGUGCGACGAAUGCGGGAAAACGUUCGUCAAUGCGCCCGCUUGUAAGUUUCAUAAACUGAAACGACAUUUGACUCUCGAUGUGCCCACCACCAACGAGAAAAGAUUGUACAAGCGAACUUGCCCAGAACCACGUAUGUAUGCUGAGUGCGAAGAUCAGAGAGGAAACCAUAAUUGUUCAGGCGUCCUGUAUGCAUAUCAUUGUCCCGAUCCGCUCUGUUCCUCGAAAAAGGAAUGGUUCGACGGGGUUCGCAAUCUCAGACAACACUACUUUCGUGCACACGCCGAAAAGAAGUUUGUGUGUCCCAACUGCGGAUUCAAAUCGGCUCUGAAGAAGGAUGUCAACUACCACGUGAGGAGCAGAUGCCCCAAAAACCCCCAAAUCAGUGAGUUGAUAGAAAAGAAAACACAAGAGUGGAAUGAAAAUCGUUUAUUGA